CAGAAGCCGGAACCGUGAUAAAUCUUCCAUUCUUCAGGUCCAAUGGGCGAGUGACUAGACGCAGCAAAACCCCUCGUCGAUAAAAAAAAUCAGCCAGGCGCAGACCUGAAAUGGCCGAGUAGCGAUUUGAUGCUGAACCAAUUUGUAUAAUUUAAUUUUUCUUUGGUCCAGGUUACGCACCAAAUCACCCAGCACUUACCCACUGAAGUGCUGUGACUGAACAUUGUGGGAUUAGGCACUCAGCCAAAUACAUUGGCCGAUCGAUUCCAACGUAACUUUGCCCAUUCGAUUACCUGAUUUGUUUAUCAGGAGUGUCUUAACUGUCCAUUUGGAAUAUUUUUUUCUUUGAAGUUGAGUCGUGGUUUUGAAAUUAUAAUUUGACCUAUCACGGGAGCGGAGUUCAAAAGUUAAAGUGAAGCUGAUUUGCAUGAGGCUACCUGUUGUGUGAAUAUCCCAAGCGACUGACAACACAAGAAGACGAUUGAGUUCAGGUUGAGCGUGGAAAGUGCUGGAUUUAUAAAAGUCUUUCUCUCUCUCUCUCUCUCUCUCUCCCUCCAUUGUUUACUAAUGUUUGAACGUCUGGCUUCAAGGUCCGGGAUCGCACAACAAGGACAAAACAGUGUUUCUUGAGGAUUGGAUUGCAGGACGACCUACAUACAGCAGGGAGCAGACAGGUUUGGAAGAAAAAUCUUCUGGAAUUGGCUUUUACAGGUUAAACCAGUGCUUCUCAAGUAAGGAUAUACCCAUGGAGCCAAAAGGUAGUUUUAUCCAAGCAAGUGGAAGAAGUAACACUGAAGAAGAGGCAAUGCCAUUGAGCAAGGAAGAUGAAUUCUUACGCCAUUUGUCGCAAGAGGAAAAAGAAUGCCUCAGCUUUUUGAUUGAAACCAUUGACUCAUUAGAGGUGGAAUUGGAGCAAGAUGAUGAUGAAGGGCUGGCAAAGGGGGAUGCUACUAUCAGUGACGGUUUUUAUGAGUUUCUAGGAAUGGUAUGCAGCACUCGACAAACAGAAGAUACAGCAAGCGCAGAUGUUGCAGCUCCCUGUGACAGUAUUGGAAUAAUUGGAAAUGUGGAUAUAAUCACCGCUAGCCCGCCUGCUCAAGUGAUCAGUAACAGAGACACAAAGUCAAAUUCUGUGGUUGAUACAACACCCAACCAAACAGCAGCAUUCAAAGAGAGCAAGCAGGGGAAGGAGUCAAUGGUGCAUCAAGGAUCUGAAACGAUAAUAGCAUUGGAAAACAAACCCUCAGACCAGUCCAAAGCGACUCCACCUGAUGAACAAAGUUCAUCCAGAACACUUACUUUGCUUCCUGCUCAUUCUAAAAAGUUUGACACCAUUUUGAGGUCAGGGGUAAGUGUGCAGGAGCUCCGAGCCCAGGUUCUAGCCCGUCUUAGUGGGUCUGGCCAGAAGAAGCCAAGUGGUCAGAUGGAGAGUUUGGCUGCCCAGUCCGACUCACUCCGAUUGCUUGGAAGGCCUGAGCAAAAGGCAGCAAGGCAAGAUGCCCUUCAAAGACUAGGACUGGUGAAAUUUACUGGAGGCUUGUCUAACAGCAACAACCCCUCCAUCUUGCAACCUUUUGCAACAGAAGGAACUCAACAGUUAAAAUCUUCGCAAUCACCAAAAGAAACAGGUCAUAGAGAAUCUUUGAAAAAGUUGGGUCUUUUAAACCUGGGAUCUUGAAAAGUUUUACAGAAAGCUGCAGAAUUAGAGGACUAUAGGUAACUGGCGAUAUAUUAUUUUUCUAAAAAUUCUCUGCUUGUGCAACCUCUGGUCAGUUAGUUGCUGGUUGGCUUUCUCUGUAAGGUUCCCUGCCCUCAAUAAGGCCAAUAAAAUGUGUCAAGUGUGCAGCCUUUCAGUGUAAUCAGGAAGGUUUGUUAAUAAAGCAGCCCUCUAUAAAUGCACA